AUGCACGUAGGAUCCCCUGCAUGGAAACAGCAGGUGUCUCCGACUACCCGGAGGACGCAGAGCACUCCAAACAGGAACUUUAAAGGGAUUGAAAUCUGUUGCCUGUUCCACUAGGAAUAUUGUUUGCAAGGCACAAGGUGUCUUUUGGUAGUGAGCACCCUCUGCGCAUGCGCAGGUCCAUUCGGGAAUUACUGCCCAGCAGCCGACUAAGUUGCAUUCCUUGAAUCUUCGCAGAAAAGACAAUUCUUUAAUCAGAGUUAGUAAUGUGGACAGUACACAAUCGAGAGAGUUUGGGGCUUCUUUCUUUCCCUGUGAUGAUUGCCAUGGUCUGUUGUGCACACAGCGCCAAUGAACCCAGCAACAUGUCAUACGUGAAAGAGACAGUGGACAGAUUGCUCAAAGGAUAUGACAUUCGCUUGCGACCGGACUUUGGAGGGCCCCCCGUGGACGUCGGGAUGCGGAUCGAUGUCGCCAGCAUAGACAUGGUCUCCGAAGUGAACAUGGUCCUGAUGUCUUGGCAAGCCUACCUCCAAUCUGAUGUGACACUGCUGAUAGCAUUUGAACUGCAUCACAUUAAGCAAAAGUUGGAAAACUGCCUCUUUGUCGAAGCUGUGCAAUUUCUCAGUUCUCCCCGGAUAGCUAGGCAGCUCGUCACUCACAAUGAUAGCUCCAUUCACAAACUGACAUCAUAA